AUGGACCGCAAAAAGUUCGAACACGCAGCGCUAACUCAAAUCCGCAAACAAUCACUCGACCCAUACAACCGGCUUCACUCGAUCGCAGAAGAUAUCGACUGCGUGCAAAGUGUACAUGAGAAGUACGCUUCGUAUCCGUUACUUGCUAACUUACGAUGUGGAGCUUGGUACGCCGAUCCCCGCAAUGCAAAUGGCAUAACCACGCACUUCAAAUCCGCUGACGGACACUAUAACGCUUGGAGUUUCAACCUCCGUCGUCCAAACUUACAUAUCUUGCCUUUGAUCCUUGAUGCACACGGGAUAUGCAUCGUAGACUCGACGCGAUCCGGCAAACGGAUGCCAGACUCGUUCGCCAAGGCCGUACCUAUCUGGUGUGCUGUAAUUAACAGAGCACUGGCGCUCAGAAAAGCUAAUGACGAGGACAACGGAAAAGACAGGGAUAAUUGGGAUGUAGAAUUAUAUACCCCUCCACAAAGUGUGAGCAAACAAGAACACAGCCAAAUCGCGGAUAAGCUAGACAGAUGGGCUGAUGAACUCGCGAGAUCAACCUACUCGCUACCCAAUCUCCACAAACCACUCCGCCCUAUCUGGAUCACUCCCGCUACGAGUACUUUACCAGUCUUUGAACAAGGGACGGCGUUUUAUCCUGUUAUAUGUAUAUCUGCGUCGAAAUGUGUUGAGGAAGGCGUGGAGAGACGGAGACACGGCUAUUCGUAUGUUCAGGGAGCUGGGGAUGAUCACGAAAAUUGGAGUUUGGGGCUCACACCAGAGACUUUCUGGAGACACAAAGACGAGUUACUCUUCGCCUCAGAGCUUGAUUUCCCGGAUGUUCUGAAGAAGAUGGUCAACCUUAACGAGAGGUCCAAUCCCUCUACUUUACGACUUUCUACUAUCUCAGAGGGGAAGGGGUGGACGAACCCUCUUACGCCUAUCGCGCACGUUAAAGGUCUCUUAUCCAUCUGUAAGCUCAGCGACAUACCACAAUCGGCUUUAAAAUUAGACGUUGCAGCACUAGUGUCAGCAGGGGGAACCAAUGCUGAUACCAGUUCCGAGAAAGAAAAAUUAGACGAGUCAAAUAGUUCCACCGACUUUGCGUAUGCGUAUAUCGUCGCUCGUUCUCGUCCACGUCCGACCACCGACGAAACUAAAUCCAGUCCGUCAACCAAUGAGAACAACAACGAUCUGCAGAAGUACACACAUAUCCACGAAAUUACACUACCGACUGACAAAAAGGGUGCAGAACGAGCGUUCAAAGCGAGUCUAUCAGGUUGCUUAGCUUUCAUCCGGCAUCAUCUUCUCUCUCAAGUCUCCCAGCCCCAGUCCCAGCCCGAAUCCCAGCAACGCAAUUGUGAAAUCAAAAAGAAAAUCUGUGUCGCAUGCGAGACAGGGACCGACCUGAGCGUUGGUGUCGUACUCGUUGCUUUACAGGCUUUCUUCGAUGAUUCCGGGAGUUUGGACUUGACAAGAUGGGGGGAGGGAAGAGGGGAUGUUGUGGUUAACAAGGAGACGCUCCGCGCAAGAUUACAUUGGAUCAUAGCGAGUAGACCAGAAUCUAAUCCCUCGAGAGCGACGCUGAAACGCGUGAAUGAGUUCUUCAUGCCGUCACCUUUUAUUGCGCGUUAGUGCCAGUGUCUACUUGCAUUCAACGACACGCAAUACUUGCAUGUGAGACAAGUUGUGCAGACUCAGUUGCUUCUUGAGGAUGUGACCUUCAACCAUCAUUUUCUACCGAAAGGAAAUUGCUCGAAUACUAAAGAAAUAUUCUGCGGUGCAUGGGGGAAUGUAGUAGCGGAUGUACGAAACACAGAGAGGUCUUUCAUCAUAGGACGGGAGAACAACUCCAUGAUCCGUCCGAGAGCUGGGAGCGACUUCGACAUGAGAUUGUCCACUACUAACGUGUGGCGUUCUAGGCUACUGGCCUUAUCAACAAACACCCCAGAGCUUAUUUCUAUUUUGAUAUGCCUUGUGUGGUAUCCACGCCUUUCCGAUAGGCGA